AAUGGAAGAACUUAUAUGUCCAUAAUGUCAUAAUAUAUUCAAUGAAUUCGACAAUACUCCUCUCAUGCUUCCAGAUUGUGGCCAUACUAUCUGUCAACAAUGUAUCCAAUACAUGUUAUCUAAUGCUGAUGGCUAAUAGAUCUCCUGUCCAGAAGAUAAGUAUUUAUUUCUUCUUUAACAAUAGUAUUUUGGCAAAAGGCAAGACUAAUAUCUCAGAAUUUCCAAAAAAUUGUUAGCUUAUGAAAAUGAUAGUAAAAUAGAGACCAUCUAUUGAGUAACCUGAAUAUUAGUUACAUCUAAAUAAUUUAGCAUAGGAACGUAUUGAAUUGUGUGCUGAACAUCUUGAAAAGUUAGAAAUUGUAUGCUUAACAGAUAAAAUUCGAAUUUGUACUAAAUGUGCUUUAUUUGGUAUUCAUAGACAUCAUGAAGUCAAAUCUGUUGAUGAUGUAGUGAGAGAAGUAACUCUCAAAGCUGAAAAUAUAAUGUAGACUUAUUAAAAAAUAUUGGAUAAACAAUAAGAAAUGAGCGAGUCUAAAUUUUAUGAGCCUUUGAAUGAUAAAUUCUAGGCAAUGCUCUUAGAUAGUUAAAUUUCAGUUAAGGAGAAGUUUAAGGAAUUACAUUAAUAGUUAGAAUUAAAGGAGAAUAAAUUAUUAGAACAAUUAACUGGUUUAACUUAGACUCUUGAAUAAUAGACUAAGAGAUAGAUAAAAGAUCAAAUAUAAUAAAGUUUAUAAUAAGCUGAAUUAUGGAAGAUUGGAGCUAAAGAUCGUUUACUCUAUUUUUCUACUAAAACAGAUAAUGGUGAAUUACCUUUGGAUUUACUUUAUAAUUAGGAAUUUAAAGGAAAUGCAAUAAUUGAAGAAAUGGAUAGAACCAUUAAAAUGUUAGAGCAAAGAAUUAAUAAUAUUAGAAUCAAAAAAAUAAGAGUAGACUUUAAAAAAGUAGAAAUAGAAAAAUGUUUUGAUACAAUGUGCUCAUUAACAUUAUAAUUAAAUCAUACUGAAAAUAAUCAUGUUGAAAAUAGCUUUACAAAAUUUGAUUAAGAAGAACCUCUUCUUUUAAGAGAUAAUUCUGUAGCAGAUUGGACUGAUAAUGAAGAGAGUUUAAUUACAUAAGUAACUUAAAAUUAGAGUCAUAUUUCAACAUAAUCAAUUGUAUAAACAAAGAGUCCUUUAAAAAAUGAAAUUCUUGUUCAUUCUCAUAAUUCAAUUACUCCUCUUAAGAGUAUUAAAUAAAAAAGUCCAAAUAAAGAAUAAUCAAAUAAUAUUCUUUAACCUCCAGCUCCUGUAUCAAUUUUACGUUAAGGUAUAUCUCCUACACCAAAAUUAUAAGAAAAAAGAAAGAAAACUUUUAAAAUGAAUGAAAAAUUUGAUCCAAUUUGGUAGGCUUUCAAAAAUGAUAAUUUAGAGAUUGUAGAUUUCUCAAAUGCUGGUAAGUAUUUUAUAUAAUUUUAAGAAUUGGGAGAUGAAGGAUGUUUAUUAAUUGCAGAACAAUUGAAAAUUUGUAAAAAAGUGAAAUAGUUAAAAUUAGCUAGAAAUAAGAUUAGUGAUGAUGGUGCUGCUGUAUUAUUGUAAGUCUUAUCAUAAAAUAAUAAUGUUGUUUCAUUGCAUUUAUCAUCAAAUAUGAUUACUGAAAGAACUUUAGAUUAGAUUUUAACAAUAAUUAAAUCAUCUUAAUUACCUAAGAAUAUUUAUCUAUCAUAAACAUUGAUUAAUACUACUAAAUCCAAAAAAAAAGUAGAGGAAUUAAAAAAGAUGGGAUAUAUUGUUAACAUUUGA